AGCCUUGCAGUUUUACCCCCUCCUCCCUGCUCCCAGUUUUAUGACUUUCCAUUUGGGCUGAAAGAAAUUGACUUUGGCAAGCGAACCACUAAUUGUAAACUGCCUAGUUCCUGUUUUACAAUAUACUGACUGAAAGCUCCCCUGCAUGCGUAGAUCUUUAUAGGCAGAGUUUGCCUUUUCUAGAGAGGUUGCAAAUAGCUACCCAGUUUCAUCGUUUUCAGACCCCCUGACCGGAGCAACUUCUAGAUUGCUGUGUUUCUAGUUAGUAGCUUUAUGAGGUGUUAGCUAAAGCUCUUACAUCUCGGUGCAGCCCUUUGAGGUGGUAACCAGUUCAGCAGCUGCGAUCAAAUACUUACGCUGACAGAAUCGAAAAGCGAAGCAUUUCAUGUUGUACGGUCAGGUAGGAUUAAAUGAGUAAAUAAUGUAAUUUACCUUACGGUAGGAGAAAUUAUGGGGAUGAUUAUUUUGCUUCAGAAACAAAAGGGUUAUUUUUCAUCAUUUGCUAACUUAUCCUAAAUUGAACUUUUCUCUGCUACGUGGGUUAAUACAUUUCUAAGGUGAUAUUUCCCGGGCUUGGGAUUCAAGCACCGGCGUGUGCACAAAGGGCUUUCCCUGUCCACGUGGACUGCCCUUCGAAGCCCUCAGCGGAAUAUUCUCUAAAGUGAAAUCAGAUGCUACUGCGAUGCCGCCCACUGCGUGGCUACUGGUUAUAUGUGUAAAUCUGAGCUGAGCGCCUGCUUCUCCAGACUUCUUGAUCCUCAGAACACAGAUUCCCCUCUCACGCAUGGCUGCCUGGACUCCCUCGCAAGCACAGCAGAUGUCUGCCAGGCCAGACAGGUCCACAACCACUCUGGCAGCACUGCGCCCACGCUGGAGUGCUGCCACGAGGACAUGUGCAAUUACAGGGGGCUGCAGGACGUCCUUGCCCCUCCCAAGGGGGAGGCCUCAGGACAAGGGAGCGGGUACCAGCAUGGUGGGAGCAGGAACCUCAUCAGCAAAGUGCAGGAGCUGGCGUCCUCCAAAGAGCUGUGGUUCCGGGCCGCGGUGAUCGCCGUUCCUGUCGCGGGGGGGCUGGUCUUAGUGCUGCUGAUUACGUUGGCCUUGAGGAUGCUGCGGAGUGAGAGCAACAGGCUGCAGAGCCAGCGGCAGCAGAUGCUGUCCCGCCUGCACUACGGCUUUCACGGGCCCCACUCCAGAAAGGGGCCGGCGGCAAAGCUAGACUUGGAGUGCAUGGUGCCCGCACGCGGCCACGAGAACUGCUGUCUGACCUGCGACAGGAUGAGACAGGCUGAUCUCAGCCACGACCGGAUCCUGUCGCUUGUGCACUGGGGCGUGUACAGUGGGCGCGGGAAGCUGGAGCUCGUAUGACGGGGCCUCACGGGACUGGCCUUCUGGGACCCUUUGAGUUCUGCUGGACGGGAGCACUUUAUCUGAAGAAAAACAAACUCGCGUCAUGACCUUCGAGGGAUAGAAUGACCUCUGCAAACAGAAUCUUGGAUAUUUCUUCUGAAGGAUUAUUUGCACAGACUUAAAUACAGUCAAAAUGUAUUAUUUGCUUUAAAAGUAUAAAAAGCAAAGAGAAGACUCUGUACACUGUUACCAGGGUUAUUUGCAUCCACAGGGAGCAGGAAUUGAGUACCUAAAUAAAAGGACGUGUGCUCUAUGGAAGCUCCCACAUCUUGAUUUAUCAUAGAGAUUGAAAUAUAUAUAUAUAUAUAUACAUAUAUAUAUAUGUUUUGUCUGAAAUCUAGCAGUGUCUUGUCAUAAAUUAAAAACUAAGUAGGAAAGGUAAGGAACUACAUGUUAAUUAUACAGAUGAAGACCUAUCAUUGCCCAGAGUAGGAUCUCAACUAUAGAUUUUGGCUUAACUUUUUUAUUUUUAUUUUUUUUUUCAAACAAGACCGAGAUCUUGUUUUUUCUGACAUGGCACGUGUGUCAUUUUCUUACAGUGUGGAGAAUUUCUAAGUGUACUGCCCAUCGUUCAGUGUCUUACCCACAAUUUUUUGUUAGGAUAAUGCUGGUUUUUAACUUUCAUCUAAUAGAAAUCAGAAACUUAUUUAUACCGGGUCAGAUAUCACCGAUCAGUUUCUGAAGCUGCCUGAGCAAAGAGUGGUAUUUAUCAACUUGAUCUAGGUGCUCUGGAAUAUGUUUUUAAAUGUGUCUACCUCCAAUCAAAAAAGGAAAAAAAGCUUACUAAAUGAAACUUUUUUUUUGGUAAAGUAGGUCACUGUCUACUUUUAUUUCUCAAUUCAUCAGUUUAUUCUGUCUCAAACCUAAUUAAAUACUUUGGACCCCAAAUUAGCCAAACAUGACUGUGCCAUGUUCCUAGUUUUUAAGCCUUCCUUCCACACAGUGUUAUUAUUAUUUUUUUACUUCUCAAUCUUUAGAAAGAUUUUCAAGAGUGAACGUUAUAUAUCGAGAUUUAAAUAACAAUUUCCUCCCCAAAUGAUUCUUUUAUUAAUAUAAUCAAAUAGACUUGAUUUUAGCCACUAACACACUAUAUAACAGUGUUUCCACUCCUGGAGGACUUCGGCAAUAUAGCCCAGCCUGAAUUUAAACCCAUGCCACCACAUUUGUUUACUUCUUCCCCCGAGAUGGGUCUUUGUUAUCUUAAAUGUGAGAAUAAUUUGUAGGUUCUUUUCUCAGUUCUUUUGUAUAUUUGAAACUUUUGCUUAAAAAUUAACCUAUAGCCUGCAUAUUUGAGUACAUGUGGGGUUUUCUUUUACGAAUGUUCAAGGAUUUUUUGCAUUUUUUUUCUGGGAUAUUUUAGGAUCAGUAUAGUUUGGGUCCCUUAAGAAGACAGGUGCAGUCGCCCAGUUGAUGGAAGCCUCUGAGUUGAAAUGACUAGAGUCUAAAAAUGAAUACCUAGGCUAUUUAGUAACUAAAUGGACCACAGCCCCAAACAAAUUAGGCUAUGGAAUAAAUAUGCGUUUUAAUAAAUGGCAUUCGUAUUGUGCUUUUUGAGAUUGACAGUUCUUGCACGCAUGACUUACAAUUUAUAAAAGGUAUUAAGUUUUAUGUGUGUCGAGUUUUGAGGGAGCCAAAGAAUUUGGGGGCCUC